CUAGGACUUCACACUAUAAAAAGACAACAAGACAGAGGUGCUCGGAAGAAGCCCAGAGGCCACUAUGAAGUUAACCCAGGAGAAUAAGCCCUGGCUGGCUGCCUUCUUGCUUCUGGUUGCCAGCCACUGCGCCGGCCGCAGGAUCGACCCCGUCAGAAGCCCUUCCUGCCGCCCUAUCAACGCCACCAUUGCCGCCGAGAAGGACGACUGCCCCGUCUGCAUGAGCGUCACCACGUCCAUCUGCGGCGGCUACUGCGAGACAAGGGAGAUACUGCUCAACGUGCUCUCGCCCCACAUCCAAAGAGUCUGCACCUACAAGGAGGUGCGCUACGAGACCGUGCGCCUGCGUGGAUGUCGGCCAGGGGUUGACCCGUCCUUCACCUACCCUGUGGCCCUCAGUUGCCACUGUGACCUCUGCAAACUGGACUCCAGCGACUGCACCGUUCAGAGCAUUGGGCCCAAUUUCUGCAUCAACCAACGCAUCUCCCCCCAAUGAAGAGGGCGGGAGGAGGAAGCAAUCAAUAAACACUGCUCAAGGCCA